AUCGCUAAAAGCAGACAUUUCAUCGCGCUGUUUUCUUAAAAAGGUUGUUCGGAAACUAUAUUCGAUUAUUGUCGAGUGGAUGGAAAUUGUUUGUAUUGAAUAAAACAGACCAAUUGUAAUUGAACCGAUCGCUCACAAUGUCAGCCGAAGACAAAGCUGAUGUUGAUCCUCAAAAUGAGGAAUCGAAUGACUCCUCAUCUACGGCUACAAGCGUUAAAGAUGAAUCGGCUCAGACAAAGAGAUUCGAUUUCUUGCUGAAACAAACGGAAAUUUUUGCCCAUUUCAUGACGAGCAGCACGAAACCGAAUCCUCAUGGCAAAAUUAAAAUGACCAAGAAGAAGCAGCCAGGCUCAGCCACUGACCAUCGUCAUCGUAAAACGGAAAAGGAGGAAGAUGCUGAACUGCAACUGAGUUUGGAGACGGACGAAAAUACGCCGAAGCUGUUCCGAUUCGAAUCGUCACCCGAAUACAUUAAGGGCGGACAGAUGCGUGACUACCAGAUCCGCGGUUUGAAUUGGAUGAUUUCGUUGUACGAGAAUCGAAUCAACGGAAUAUUGGCUGAUGAGAUGGGUCUGGGUAAAACGCUGCAGACAAUCUCGUUGCUUGGUUAUCUGAAGAACGUCCUCAACAUUAACGGGCCUCAUAUCGUCAUCGUACCGAAAUCGACUUUGCAGAAUUGGUUGAACGAAUUCAAGAAGUGGUGCCCGUCCUUAAACGCCAUGACUCUUAUCGGAAUGAACGACGAUCGGAAGACGUUGAUCGAAGACGUGUUGAAGCGUAACGACUGGGACGUUCUAAUAACCAGCUACGAAAUGUGCUUGCUGGAAUCGGCGUUCAUCAAGAAGUAUCAAUGGAAGUACUUGAUCAUCGAUGAGGCGCAUCGCAUCAAAAAUGAGAAAUCGAAAUUGUCGGAAAUGGUACGUCGAUUUAAGACCAGUCAUCGACUGUUGUUGACCGGCACGCCGUUACAAAACAAUUUGCACGAACUGUGGGCAUUGCUCAAUUUCCUGCUGCCCGAUGUCUUCAAUUCGUCCGACGACUUCGACAAUUGGUUUGACACAAACAAUUGUCUGGGUGACGAUACGUUGGUGAAGCGAUUGCACGCUGUCUUGAAACCGUUUUUGCUGCGUCGUAUCAAAUCGGAGGUGGAGAAGUCGCUGUUGCCGAAGAAGGAAUUGAAAAUCUUCCUUGGAUUGUCGAAGAUGCAGCGGGAAUGGUAUACGAAGAUUUUGAUGAAGGAACUGGAUGUCAUUAACGGUUACGGCUCUACCGAAAAGGUUCGCUUGCAGAACAUUCUCAUGCAUUUACGUAAAUGCGCCAAUCAUCCGUACUUGUUCGAUGGUGCCGAACCGGGACCACCAUACACCACCGACGAACAUUUGGUAUACAAUUGCGGCAAAAUGAUAAUUUUGGACAAGCUACUACCUCGACUACAGGCGCAAGGUUCUCGGGUUUUGAUCUUUUCCCAAAUGACCCGAAUGUUGGACAUUCUCGAGGAUUACUGCGGUUGGCGAAAAUAUGAGUAUUGUCGUUUGGACGGAAGUACCCCGCAUCCGGAUCGAGAUGCUCAGAUUCAGGAGUACAAUGCACCGGAUAGUAAGAAAUUCAUUUUCAUGCUGUCGACUCGUGCUGGUGGUUUGGGUAUUAAUUUGGCCACCGCUGACGUCGUUAUUAUCUACGAUUCGGAUUGGAAUCCUCAGAUGGAUUUGCAGGCAAUGGAUCGAGCACAUCGAAUUGGUCAAAAGAAGCAGGUGCAAGUGUUCCGGUUGAUCACAGAAAAUACGAUUGAAGAGAAGAUCAUCGAACGCGCGGAAAUUAAGUUACGUUUGGACAAAAUGGUCAUACAGCAGGGACGUUUGUCGGACGCUAAAACGAAUUCGCUGCAAAAGGAUGAUUUGCUGAACAUCAUUCGGUUCGGUGCAACUGCCAUUUUUGCAUCUAAAGAUGCGGAUGCCAAUUUGGAGUGCGACAUUGAGAAUAUAUUGAAAAUGGGCGAAGAGAAAACGGCAGAACAGAAACAAGCGUUGGAUAAACUGGGUGAAAGUUCACUGCGAAAUUUCACCUUAGACGCACCGUCCUCCGUCUAUCAAUUCGAAGGCGAAGACUAUCGUGACAAACAUCGGCACAACAUUGCAGAAAAUUGGAUUGAACCGCCGAAACGUGAACGAAAGGUGGCCAACUAUGUCAUCGAUUCCAUAUUCAAGGAUGCUGGAAAGAACGAACAAAAGGCACCGAAGGCACCUAAACCACCGAAACAGCCAAGCGUUGCAGACUAUCAGUUCUAUCCACGACGUUUGUUCGACAUUUUGGAACAAGAGAUUCAUUGCUACCGUAAGUCGUUGAUGUACACCGUUCCAUUGAAACCGGAACUGGGGGCGAACGCAUCGAAAGUGCAACGUGAAGAGCAGAAAAAAAUUGACGAGGCCCAACCGCUGACCGAGGAAGCAUUGGCCGAAAAGGAACUGUUGCUAACGAAAGGCUUUUCCAAUUGGUCCAAACGAGACUUUAUCCAGUUUGUCAAGUUGAAUGAACGGUUCGGCCGUGACGACAUAAAAAACAUUUCGAAAGGCAUCGACGGUAAAUCGCCCGAAGAAGUCAUCGAGUACAGUGUGGUGUUCUGGCAACGUUGCAAAGAAAUCCAAGACAUCGAUCGCAUUAUGUCGCAAAUUGAACGGGGCGAAGCGAAAAUUCAAAGGAAGGUGUUGAUCAAACGUGUCCUGGACACCAAAAUGGCUUCCUAUCGCGCACCAUUCCAUCAGUUAAAAAUAUCGUACGGAAACAGUAAGGGAAAACAUUUCACCGAAGAUGAGGACCGGUUUUUGCUGUGUAUGCUGCACCUAUUGGGCUUUGACAAAGAGAAUGUGUACGAUGAGCUGCGAGUGGCUGUUCGAUCGGCACCUCAAUUCCGUUUCAAUUGGUUCCUAAAAGGGCGCACAGCGAUCGAGCUGCAGCGUCGCUGUAAUACAUUAAUAACGCUGGUCGAACGAGAAUAUCAGGAGCAAGAGGAAAAGGAUCGUGCUGACAAAAAGAAAAAAUCGACAAAACCGACAUCGUCCGGCAUUCUGACGAAUGCUGUUCAACAGAAAGUGGCACAAAAGAGGAAGGCGGCUACCAGUGAGAACGGUGGAAGUGAGAGCAAGAAGCGUAAGAAGUGAGCGACAUUCGUGCAGGAUAUUUAAGACGCAAGAUGAAGUUCCGCAGUUGUAUUUUUGUCUUUUUUUAAUUCAACCGUUGCUGUAUGUUCCAUCAGAUUAGGCAUCUCGCUCACCACCACUCACUAGUUGGAUAAGAUUCCUUUUUUAAUUUAUAUUUUUUGAAUUUCGAUUUUGUGUAAACUUA